UGACAUAAAAUAACAAUCGUUUUUUUAUCGAUUAGACCAUAACGACAAAACGAAAUAAACUCAAAAUCCAUUUGCCAAAAUAGUCUCAUGACACAACAUAAUGUUAGCUGUUUGUAGGCCGUAUCUUUUUGCUAAAAAAUCUCUUUAAAAAAUCUGGCCAGUAAUAAAAUAUAAUCCAAUUGACAUUUCCUAAAAGAUUCUUGGUAGUUGUGAUUAUUUUGUAUAGUUAAUUUAAUUUCGUUAUAUUUUGCUUCAUCAAUACCGUUUAUUUUUUAAAUACUAGUACCCAAUAAUAAGAUUUAUACAAUAAAUUGAUAUACGCCUCCAUUUAUAGUUCACUAUAGUGUUAAUGCCUCAGUCAGAAUACUGGCCGUUCACCAAAGGGAAGACGGCAGAAAAUGUUGAAUACAGUGAUAAAUCGGCAAUAAAACAGCUGGGAGAUAUGGAAGGAGAAGUGAAAGAAAUGCAAAUGGAGUUGGCAGCUAUUAAAAGAGAUAGAAUGGAUUUAUUCUCGCGAAAACAAUCAAAAGGAUUUGUUUUAGAAGCUGAAGAAAUGCUUAAAAGUUCAGAACCACACCACUAUUCACCAGAAGAGAACUUUACGAAGUACCCCGAAGUAGCAAAACUUCGGGAGGAAUUAAUUAAAGCCAAAAAAGCAGCUGACGAAGAAAGAUAUCAGCGAGAAAAAUAUGAAUCCAAACUGAAAGAUUUGGAAUUAAAGCUUAACAACAUUUGCUGUGCUGGAAUGAUCACCGAAAAAAAGGCACGAUUUCUUGAGACGAAGAAAUAUUCCGAUGAGGAAAUAACGGUUUAUAAAACACAAAUUCGUGAUAUGAAGGAGGAAGCGGAGGAGUUAAAAAUUACUUUGGUGGAGAAAACUGAACAGUUACAGGAAUACCGCAUAAAAUACCUACAAGCUCAACAGCAAGUAGAAGAACUGAAACGCCAAUUGGACGUGAUAGAAUUCGAUAACAAACAAGUGUCAGAUCAAAUUCAAAUAGAAAUACAGAAGAUGAAGAUGCAGUUUCAAGAGAAGCUGCAAGAGUUGGCACCUUUACCUGAUUUGUUGAAAGGAGCUCAGAUCCAACUUCAGGAAGCUAAACAACUUCAACGACUAGCUGAAGACAGUUCGCAGCAGCUCUCGAACGAGCUGCACAGAGUUAAGGAAAAGCUAGUGGUUGCUGUGAACAAUCUAAAUCAAGAGAAAGUCGACAGAUCCAAACUAACAGACGAGAAUAAAAUGCUGAAGGCGAUACUUGAUGAAAAGACCAAGGAAAUUGAUGACCUCAAUAGAAUUUUGGAUGAGUACAAGUGCAAAGCAACUAGAAACGAAGAAAAGUACUGUCAACAAGAGAUCCGUUACAAAGAGAAAUCAGCCGAAUGCUCUCAGCUAGCAAGAGAUUUGGACGAAAUUAAAGUGGAGAGUAAUAGAUCUUUGAGCAGAUGUAAGGACAGAGCGGACUCCAUGCGGAGAUACCUUCAGACUCAAAUAUCUGAACUCGAAAGGCAGUUGAUACAGAGUCGGGCUCACUGCAGAGCCUGCCAAAAGGAAAGGGACGAGAUACGUCAACGCAUGCAAAUUCAGAUAAAUAAUCUUCAAGAAAAUUUCGAACUAGUGGAGAUAAGGCUUCGGGCCUUACAGAAUCAGGUGACAUCACUCAAGAAUAGUUACACGGUUAUCCUGGCUGACGACGAAGAAGGCUCCGAAUUAAACAAAAUUAGCUCUGCGUGAUAAUAGCACCUAUCCCCUUAGCUGAAGAAGCUGUAUCAUCAUAGCAAUAAUGAUAAAAAUAGAAUAACUUGAAAAAAAAAACAUAAAUUUUUCCAACCCCUAGAUGCCGUACUGUUGGCAUCAAGCAGUGAAUAAUUAGGUAAUAAAUAAAAAAAAACGAUAAAAAUUUAAUGUCUACCUAAUUCCAGUAAACCGUUCUUGCUUCAAAGGUGAA